AUGACUCAAGCACAAUUACUAAAUGCUACUCCUUCUCCUCAACAACAACAACAACAACAACAAUCAUUGAUACAAGGUAUCAACUAUCCUACACUAUCUCUACUUCGAAUGACAACACCACCACAACUACACCAGCCGACAAUCGCUAGUCCUUCUUCUUCUUCUUCUUCUGGUAAAGAAGACUGUAACGCGCCCAUUCGAGUGACUCGACCACCUAAUGCAUAUCUGUUGUUUAAUAAAAAAAUGAGAAGAAUCCUCAAAGAUCAAGAUCCAACAAUGAACGUGGGCGAAAUCAGUAAACAGAUUGCAGAUCGAUGGAAAAGAAUGACUCAAGAAGAAAAAGAUAUCUACAUAAAGGAAGCCAAUCGACUCAAAGAGGAACAAAGAGCACUUCACCCGAACUCAAUGUACAUUCGUCGUUCAAGAGCAGAACUGAUAGAGGCUGGUAAAAUAACCAAAGAAGACGAUAACAACACACCCGAAUCAGACAAGAAGAAGCGGGGAAAGAAAAGAACAAAAAACCCGGGUAUACCAAAGCAUCCACUGUCAGCGUAUAUGUGGUAUCUGACAGAAGUAAGACCAAAGACGAUGAAAAAAUUUCCGAGUUCAAAUGUGGGACAGAUCAGCAAAUAUUGUGCAGAAAAAUGGCAUAGUAUGACGGACGAAGAACGAGCGCCGUGGAAGACAAAGGCUCAGGUAGAUAAGGACAGAUAUGCAAGAGAAAUGCAGCUGUACGCUAUUCAAAAUGAUCAUGAGCUAGGAAGAGGUACUAGGCAAAAAUAUAGACAUGCCAUUGUCGCAGCAGCAGCAGCAGCAGCUUCUGCUACAUCUACAGUGUCAACACCAUCUACAGCAUCUGGGCACACCACAGAUUGCUUAUUGGAUAGUGCACUGUUUAAUAAAGAAUAUGACCCAUCCUUAUUAAUAUCAGCUCCCACAAGCCCAAGUUCUAUUUUAAGAGCAAACACAUCAGGUCAGCCACAUACAAACAGCCUAAUGCAUGCACCCGAGGAUGAGUUUGUCAAUCACUGA